UACUCACCGACUAGUGGGGAGAUAAGAGAUCGAGAUGGGUCAGAGGAGACGUGUUAAGGCAAUCAGCACAAAUAAAGAGGUGCAGAGGACAGAGAGGAGAGGAGCUUUACGUUUUCCAGACCACCCUCGCAGGCAGUGUCUUGUGUUUGAGGCAGGAGCUGACAUGGACCCAAAUGCUCGGGCCUCCCUGGAGCGCCAGCAGCUCCGCCUGCGGGAGCGGCAGAAGUUCUUUGAGGACAUUUUACAGCCGGAGACAGAGUUUGUCUUCCCCCUGUCUCAUCUGCAUCUCGAGGCGCAGAGACCCCCCAUAGGUAGUAUCUCAUCCAUGGAGGUGAAUGUGGACGCACUGGAACAAGUGGAAUUUAUUGACCUUGGGGAUCAGGACGGAGCCGAUGUGUUCUUGCCUUGUGAAGACCCUCCGCCAACCCCUCAGACAUCUGGGGUGGACGACCAUCCAGAGGAGCUGAGCCUGCCAGUGCACGCGCCAGACAGGACCACAUCCCGCACUUCUUCCUCGUCUUCUGACUCCUCCACCAGCCCGCACAGCCCAAAUCCCAGUGAUGGCGGCGAAGACACACCCUUGGCACAGUCUGACGAGGAGGAGGAAGGGGGCGAGGGAGGGGCAGAGCCUGGAGCCUGCAGCUAGCAGUGGGCCCCCACCUGUGGACUGACCAAGCUGGCUGUUCUCCACAUGAGACCCUAGGCCCAGCCAGAGCUCUUCGGAGAAGACCAGACUCUCUUGUAGUAGGCGCCAGGGGGAGGAAGGGAUGGCGAGGCGGCGCACCUCCCUGGGAGCUGACCCUGUCCUGUGUCACUGCUAACCUUUCCUGCGUAACCCGCCCACUAGCUUCUGGCUUACUCCCGAGGUAGAGCUUGCAGACCGGGACGAGGUAGAGCUUGCAGACCGGGACGGGAGUUGAGGUAGGACAGGACGCCACUGCUUUUCUUCGCGCUCCUCCCCCGCACUGCCCUGCAGCCCUUUCCGUCUCCUCCACCAGUGUCUCCCAACGGAUGCGAACUCUUUAGCACUAAGUGAGGGGGUACCUCCAGCCAUCCUGCCUCCCUACGUCCUUUUUGGAAUAGGGUACCGUAUAAAUAAUAAACAAAUAAUAA